UCAUUCAUUUGUUUUGUUUACUGAUACGGGCGAAAUUUUAUUUUAACUAAAAUUAACAAAACAAUACGGUAAAAUACUUGACUACACACAGUAAUUUUGAGGUUAUAUUGAAGAGCUCCGUUUCCCACCGUAACGAUCAAUUCUACAUCAUGGUCUGCGAUAAAUGUGAGAAGAAGCUCGGGAAGGUGAUAACGCCAGACCCGUGGAAAGCCGGAGCCAGGAACACGACAGAAGGCGGUGGGCGGAAAAUAGGCGAGAAUAAAGCUUUGACGGCCAAAAAGGCGCGAUUCAAUCCUUACACAAAUAAGUUCCAGGAGUGUAGAAUCUGCCGCACGAAGGUACACCAAGUUGGCUCGCAUUAUUGCCAGGCGUGUGCGUACAAGAAGGGCAUUUGUGCGAUGUGCGGGAAGAAGAUUUUGGACACUAAAAACUAUAGGCAGAGCUCCACAUGAAUUGUGCUAUUUUAGGUAAUAUAAGUUAGUUAAGUAAAACUAAAAUAAUGGAUAUUUAUAAGGCUGAACAUUUUUGGUUUGUAUAAAAGUAUGUUAUUGGGUCACUUGAAUAAUAAAUCAAUGAUUUUGUAAAAUACCCACCAGUAAAACUUGAUGUACAAAAAUAAAUUAAAACAUACCUCAAACAGCUCCAAAA